CCCGCUCCUCUCGUUGAGUAGAGCACAGAAGAACAGACUUAACCUAAUUAGGAUGUACGCUUUAUUUCCAAAUAUGCGGAUUUACAAGUACAAACAACCUGUGUCGCACAGAGCUGUGACCGAGCCGGACCGCUUUGCACGGCACGGAAGCGCGACGCUCCGCGCAGUCCGCCAUUUUUAAAAGGACUCGCCGCGCGUACCUUGCCGGAUCGUGCCAGGGUGUCAACCGUCGCUUUCCCAGACAGCAACAUGCAGCACUAACCACAAAACACCUCCUGCAUAGGAAAACGAUGCCGGCCAUGCCGUGUAGUUGACGAUAAAGAAUGGACCGACGACAUAAACAACUCGGGCGCCGGCGCGGCGGAAGAGCUGCUGCGGAGGUGUCGCCACCUGUUGUGCGGUUUUGACGUCACCGUCAAGAUGGCAGCCAAGGCGAGAGCGUAAUGUAUGAAACCGAGCGCUAGCUGACUUUUCGCAUGUGCGUCGCGCGCCGUUGGAGCUUGGAGCUGCUGUGGACACUGAUGUGGUAAAGUAACGGAAUACAGUGGACGAGGCCGAAUUUCCCAGGGCUCCGGCCGCGGGAAGGAACUGCGUCCGCCAAGAUGUUCAACGUCGAGCAGCAGCAGUUCGGCAGCCUCCUCAGUCAUUCUCAUUAUCAAAACAACAUCGUCUCCGCCGCCGCUGCAGCAGCACGACAGCCCUGCAGUUCCAGCAUGGUGGCGAUGGGCCGCAGGGGCUCGGCUGGCGACAGUGCAAGUCCGGACCCCAUGGCCGGUGUUGGAGGGGCCUCCACGAGCUCCGGGGACGAGACAUCGACCGACUGCAAGGACUCGGCCUACGUCUCGAGCGAGGGGCUCAUGGACACAAGCCCACCUGUGACAUCAGCAUGGCCUCAGUUUCCAGCCGGUACAGAGGGUGUGUUUGACCGGCUGCAUGAACUGGCCAUCAUUGCCACAAGCCCCGAGAGCCCCCUCCUGAGAGACUCGCCACCACUCGUCUACCCAGCCUCAUCGUCAUCAUCAUCAUCCACUGCCGGGGAAAACCACCACUUUCAACCACCACCACUGUCACCACCGGGGCGCCAACGAUCGUUCAGCCUGUCAGCGUUGCAUUCCUAUGCACGGCCACCCCUGCCCCGUCGCUUGGGCCACGCUGUUUCGCACUACCCACCUGGCUCGGGUACCCACAGCACCGAGCCCAUGGGGAUCAUCGACGACAGUCCCAGAGCACUGCCCCUCACUCCCGAAGACCGGUCGGCUGCGUACACGCUCAGCACCAUGGGCAAACAGCACUGCAUACCAGCGCCAGCACCACCGCCUGCGCCCUCGGAACCUGCGGCUGUGUCGGCGCAGUGCUCGCCAUCCAAGAAGUCUCUGAACACACGCACCCGCCACACAUCAUGCCCAGACCCUGCCAAGCCCCGAAGACCCAUGAAUGGCUUCAUGCUGUUCGCCCAGAAACACCGUGGCGAGUACUCUCACAUGCACCCUGGCAAGGACAACAGGGCCAUCAGCGUGAUGCUGGGCGACCAGUGGCGCAAGAUGAAGUCCGAAGAGAAAAAGCUCUACUCUCAAGAAGCCAAGGUUCGUGCCGACGAGGUCAAGAAGGUCCACCCCGACUGUUGGAAGCGCAAGCGCUCCUACUCCACCAGUAUCUGAACGUGCUGAUCUGCCAAGCAACUCGCACGGUCUACUCUCCGGGCUUUCGCUUCUAAAGACGCCCUCGCCUUCCACUGUCAGGCUUCCCUCUCGGCAAGGACACGCUGCCUUUGAAGAAGCAGGGCAUGAUUUCGUGUUACCAGAUGCUCAACGGGAUGCGCGGAAUCAUGUCGCAGAGACUUGUUAAACUGUGUGGAGGUGCACAACUUCACGCAAACGCGUGGGGCCAUGCAGAAAACCCCUAGUUGCGGCAAAUCAUGGCUACGGAAACCUGAUGUUUGUACACAAGGCAGAGGUCGCUCAGGGUCCCUAUGGAGUUUUAAAAGCCUGAUGCAAGAAAGCCCGUGGGUGCUUAUGUGCAAGCCCAUUGCUGUGAAGCCUUGCUAAAAAGGCCUGUUGGAUAUCAGUUGGCUCAGUUGGAUAUCAGUGGCAAGGCUGCAUGUACUGGCUGGUUUAGAAGAUUGCAACACCGGAGCAGCACCGCCUAACAUCUGAAACCAUACAGUGUUACAUAGUGCCACGACUGUGUCGGAAUCAACUGUUGCGCCUUUGUGUGUGCUUCCGACUUGGUGCAACACGUGGGGGCUGCUGGAGAAAACCACCCCUUGCAAUUGUUGUGUUGUCGUCGUCUGUUCAGUAUGGCGUGUCUGAUGGAGCGAGACAACGGGCGGCUUACUCACUGGCUGCAGCUUCUGCUACUUGCUUCUUUCCAUUUUCUGUGCAUCAUAUCUCCAUGGAGCCGUGCGCAGCCAGCUGUUCUUGUGUUUCCUGAGAUCAGGGACUUAUUUUGUUUCAUGAACUGAUGUUGAACCGAAUUCUUGGCUUUUCUUGUGAUGCUGUCUCGCUGAACUCCGGGAGUGCUCUUGUUCAUUGAACUCGUGCACUCGGCUGGCUUUUUUAAUGCAAUUUCAACACAGCUGCUUUCUUCUGCUAAUCAUCGUCUUUCAUCUGAUCUGCAGUCCAGGUGAUAGAUUGUAGCCAUUGCAAGAACGGUUGGCCUCAGCUCAACCUCGCUAGCCCUCUGGAUGGCUUCCACCCCUAGUAGCUCGUUCUGAAGUGUUUCUGCGGUUUGAGGUACUGUCGUCUGCCUGCAUCUAUCUAGCACACAUGGACGAAUGAAAGGCAGAAGUGGUGUGUAGCAGACUACUCUCGGCAACAUGGUUCAGCUGUGGCUUCUCUUCAUGACUGUUUUGUUUUUCUCUUUUCAAUGUCAUCCCUCCUUUCCGUGCCUUCCCCAAUGUAAUCAUCGGAGGUGAAAUGGAUGAGGGUGUGGUCGUCAUGCGUUGCCCCAUGGUGUGUGGUAGCCCCGUGGCAAAGUCCACCUGCAUUGCCUCAUCUUGAAUCAAUAUUUUACUCCUAGCUACGGGAGAUCUUUUUUUGCUGUCUGGACAGUCCCUAGCUGGUUGGGGUCGCUUCCGCUGGGUAGAGUAUGCUUUUGCUGGUCUCCAGGAACUUGCACCCCGAUUGUCUGGAGCAUCAUUUUAGGAGUAGUCCUUCUUCUAAUCUCUGACUUUUCUUUUCUUUUGCCCUGCUGUUCUCCGGUUCUAUAUCUUUCAGCAGUCGCUCUGUGUUUGUUUGCAGUGAAAGUUUCUCUAAAUGGUAGACGCCAUGCUGAAUGCAUGCGAGCGGUUUGCAUUCUUGUACAUAAGAUGGCCUUGAUUCUUUUUCAAUGUCAUUGUGCAAAAUGUAUUGCAUGUACAGGGUGAGCAAUGAGGUGUUAUUACUAACGGUCUUCGCUGGUCAGUUUUGGCUUAAGUUUGCGCUGCUGGCAAAGACUCACCUUGAAGUGAGCGUUACAAGGCUGGAGUUUUCUUGUCAGGUCAACUUUUUUAUCUUACUUGUGCACAAAAUUUAUGAGAAGUGUCAAUUCUGCCUAAUUUGAACAGGGAAUUCAACCGAAAGGUGCCCUGUAUUUUUUGGUCGAAUGUUUCCACGCAAUGGGAAGAGCCUAAAAAAAUUUUGUUAGUGAGUGACUGCUUAAAUGAUGAGUCUGCUCGCUGGUUAAUUCUAAGCCUUGAAUUUUAGGCUGACUCUAAGCUACUAACUUGACAGAUUUUCAAUGAAAGUGAUGUAUUUUCUAGCCAGGUUCUUCCAGAGCACAGUGGAUAUAAAAACGCUUUCUCAACAAACCCUGAAAUAUCAAGAACUGCAUACAGAAAGUGAAAGGAGUGAUGUUUGACUUUGAAGGCCCUUGGUGGCAGGAGAAUCAUCGAACUUCUAUGUUUGUUGUUGUAGAACGGAACUUUUGGUGGAUCAAUUGCUGCCGAGCUACGACUGUGGCAUUUGGGAAAUUUGCACCGAGCUAGCUCGUCCAAAACAAACUGGCUGCUCUUCGAAUUGGAACACCCUAACGGAUGGUGUCACAAGCUGCUCCCAUCUCGGAAAGCGCGAAAUGAAUUGUCGAGUGACUUUGGCACGAGUUCGCCAAGUUAUGAUUUAUGUCCUGGUUUCAAAGCUUGCACUCCCUCUACGGGUGCUGCUGCAUACGCAUCUAUUCGAGAUGUCUUGUGCUAAUGGGUUAUCCCAGUUCAUUAGCACAAUUUGCCAUAUGCCGAGGGACUAUGCCGCAUGCCAUCUGUGAGUGAUGGUCGUGAGGCCUGCUGCAACGUCAUGAGUGGGAAGGGCCAGGAAGGUGUAGCGAUUCUAUUUCAAUUGUUUUGUUUUUCUCACUUUCCCACUCAUCUUAGCAUGUAUCAUGAAGAUCAUUCAGUCACGAGUGACAGAUGACGAGAUAGGAAUGGUAGAGCUGAGCGAAAAGAGAUCCUUUCUGCUCUAGUGACCUAGGUUCAAGUUGUGUGCGGCCUUGAUAGUCAUGCACACGACACUCCUUGUUAGAGGGUGUUCUGCUUGAGUCCCUUGGGACACAUUUUUCUUGUUUGUUUCCGCUGGGCCAUCUUGUAUCGGAAACUCGAAAGAAGGCACUCGAUCGAAUCGGUCUCGCAUCAGCCUGUGAAAUGCGCUGCCACGUAGAGAUGCUGGGAAAGGCCAGACAACUUCAGGUUGCUAGUCAAGCCCUGCAGAGGCAACAGCAACAGCAACAAAAAAAUAAUCAAGUACAAAUUUGCAUUGGUCGUUUUCAAGAGACCACUGGCAAAACAAAGAGAGUUUUUUUUUUAUUUGUAUAAGGGAGAAGAUAAAUGAGUUUGCACCCUUUCGUGUGCCAGUGUUAUCGUAGUGCUCGUGCCAAAAUGUUUGCGCAAUGCUCGAGUCUCGCGCCGCUGCAUGAACCACUGUAGAGCGCGGCAUGCCCCCCCCCCUCGCUCUUAUCAAGUCACGAGAGAGUUUUUUUUUACAUACAAAUGCGGGUGAGUCGUCUCUGCAAAAGCAUGCCUGUGUCCACGUUAUUAUUAUGUUUUGUGACAUGCUGUUUCUUUUUUUUUCUUUUUUUUUUUUCUUGUAACAUGUUUUUCUCUUCUUUUCACCUUCAAAUAGAACAAGAAGAGGCGCGGUGCUCCAAAAAAACAAAAAAAACGAUUUCUUGUUUUACGUUUGAGCCAGUCAUGGAUUUAUAUUUUACUCUGAGAACGCUGCGCGCACAACAAAGCAUAGAUUAGUAUUUUUGGUAUUGCGAAUCGUCAGCGUCGUCGUGUUGAUAUUUUUUUCAGUCGUCUUUCUCUUCUUUGUAUUUCAGAGGUGGUGGCCCGUGUUUUCCCUUGUGAGCGUGUCCAUUCUUGUUGGCCAUUGUUGUACAGCAUGCUAUAGCAGUGCGUAACUAACUUCCCCCGUGAUUCCAUCAUUCGCUUUCUUAUUUUGCAUAUUUUUCGGUUUCGUUGGUUUAUCUGUUGACCUGUUUACCUUUUGUUACACUCUCGCCACUUGCAUGUCUUGUUUGCAGUGCUUGUAUUGCUCGCAUUUUAGUCCAGUUAUUGCUUUUUUUUUUAAUCACUCUUGUAUACCACAGACUACGUUUUGUCUGCCACUCUGGUCCUUGUUUUCUGCAUAGCCUGCUCUCUGCUUCAUGGAUUGUCCCUUGUGCCAUCACAUUUAUUUUUGACCCCCUUAUUACGUGCUCACUGAUUGGUGUCACUUCUCCCUCCGGUGCCGUUUUAUGCUUUUGCUGCAGUCCAUAAUAUUGCAUGCACUUGCAUUCACCAGUGUGACAGGAAGGCUUCAUUGUCAUGCUUGUUUUCUAGCUUCCCAGUGGCUGGAGGUAUUACUGCAGUCAUAAGUCGCAGGCUUUCUGCAUACUUUGAUCAGCUCUUUUUUUUUUUUUAGCUUUUUAAGGCACCAGGUUUUCUCGGUUUUGCCACUGCUGUGUAACCCUCUUGCACAUGAUUUUUUUACUUCAACGUUGUCCACCUCGGGCCGUAUUUAGGUCACCAACUGUCAUGUGCGUAAUAGCUCCUUAGCGCAAGCUCAUCGCAUCAAAGUAGCAGUAUGCUUGCCGAUUCUGGGAGCCCUAUUGGUGUACAUACUCAUUUCAUCAUAAACUUGUUUUUGACAUGGCCUCCGGAUAAAGGUGGCGUCAAUGGAUGGUUUACCACAGGCCUCGUUUAAAAGCUUCUUAAACAAUGUCUUCCCUCUCUCAUCUGGGUUUAAAUACUUCCUAUGCAAGGAAAUAUUGCUGCUUCAAAACUACUUAGCACGUGCUCUUUCGGUGAUUCAAAUACUUCCACAAGGGUAAGUUGGACGUUUUAAGUUUUAUACCUUACAGAAAGCUUGCCUGCCAUGCAUGGCUGUGAUGCUGAUGUGAGGACCAAAGUGACGAUGGGGACUGCCUCCACAAAAGAAUGCUGGGCAGGGAUGUAAUUAAGAUGUCCAGUUUGUGAUGGAGGCACACCGGGAAAGCGGUUGAUUAUUCGGUGUCCCUCUUCGUAUUUUGCCAGCUGCCCACGGUGGCAUGUUUUACAGAAAAAACCUUCUUUUACUCUUAGUUGCAUUUGCCUAACUUAAGUGGCACUUUUUAUUGACAAGUUUUUCCUGAAACCGUUUAUGGCUUUGCGUAUACGAAAGCCACUGUGUGUUCUCUAUGUGCCAGAAGCACAACUUCUUUGAUGCAGCGCAAACAAAGCGGUUGUCUGCAUAACGAAUGCCUGCGAGGAGACCAAGGUACAGAUCUGUUUGCAGGUUGGGCUCGGAACAAGUGCAGUGAGUAGGAUUUGUGGUUGCAACAAUUUGUGCCAAACGAUGAUGCAGUCCUAUGUGGAGCAUAAAAGUCGCACAUCAUUUGAGAGAUGGAGAAAAGCCUUCUUGAAUUUCGAACGCACAGCUGCUCCAGGUAGCGUUGAACUUGCUUCCCACGCCAUGCCUGUUAGCAUCCUAGCUUUUUCAUUUGCUGCUGUAUGUGUUUGGUGCCGAAAUAAUUGUUGCACUGUUAAUACAUUUUGGAACAGGCUAGUAAACCUGAAAAAGAAGCAACACAUUCAGAUGAAAACUACCACCUGAAGUGUUUUGCACAGUAAAAGCAAUAUCCAGUGGGGGGUAAAGACAAAAGAUAUAUAAAUAAAGGCGUUUGGUAACAAAAUGUUGUCUAAAUGCAUUGCAGUAAUGAUGCAAUCAAAAUUUUCGAUCUGUGAAUGACUUUUUGAACUCUGAUGUUCAUAUACAGCAAUACCUUGUUAACUCGAAGUAGUGAAAACCAGGGAAAUUUUCAAGAUAAGCGGAUUUUAGAGAUAAGCAAAGUUGCACAAAUUGUCGUGAAAAAUUUAGUUCUUUACAAAAAAAUCACUACUUACCAGCUCUUCAACAGCAGCUUUUAAUCUUGCUUUUCAUAAAGGUUUGAAAGAAAAAAGAUAGCGUACAAGAGACGUUAACCGGCUGGGUUUUGUGACACUGCCAUUUUAUUAAGCAGAAAAAAAACUGCGUAAUGCUCGUCUGCUUUGCGGUCGCACUCGGGCCUAGAAAGGCAUCUUUAGCUGCUUGACGCAUCGCAUGAGCCGAUCUUCCCCCCCCGCUGCACUUAACUAUUUCGCAGCAAGCGCAGUGAAUUCCUUGUUUCUGCAGACGUCGGCACCUCUCGAGGUGGUUCGUCAUCGUCACCAUCAUCUUUAGUAUGCUAGUUGAUAGUGUGCCUCUACGCUACGACUUCACGUUCGGGGAGAGCAUCAGCUUUGUGGUAGGCACGGCUAAAGGAGAAAAAAAAAAUAACCUAGGGACUUUAGGCACGGAUGCAUCGUGCGAACCUUGCAAAACGGUCAGGCGGCGGAAUUUUUGUUCCGCGCUCAGUCAAGAUUUAGAGAUAGCUGCAGUUUGGCCGAAAAAUACUUCGAGACAAAGGGCAACAAAUUCAUGGGACAUACAGAAAAUGGUUCGGUGCCAUGGAAAAUUUCGACUUAGCCGAUUUUUCGAGAUGUGUGAGUUCGAGUUAACGAGGUAUUACUGUAUCUGUACAUGUACACACACGUUCAUGCAGCCUUUGUGAAAGGUACUAAAUCGUCUGUUUGGCAUACGACUUAGGGUGUGCUUAAAUGUGUGUAGUGGGUGUGCUCUCGAGUCCCUGGAUUACAAUAUGUACACUGCUCUCGGCAACAAUUGAAGUGUGAGCAGCAGAAUGCUUGGCUUCUUGCACAGCCUAGCACAAAACAAGUAGGCAUGAAGAUUCCUGACCAACUUCCGGCAACAAUUGAAGUGUGAGCAGCAGAAUGCUUGGCUUCUUGCACAGCCUAGCACAAAACAAGUAGGCAUGAAGAUUCCUGACCAACUUCCAAUGCUCCACGAGUGGUGUUCAUAACAUGUCAUGUUUGUUCACAAAUUCUCAGGCCCACCGGUAUUCUCUAGGCGGUGCAAAAGCCAGCCACCCUCGUGCUCCACAUUUCAAGUGUUGCGGUCGGAGGGCGUUGCCACCAGGGGGCAACACUUUUCACUUUCCAACUUUUGGGGCACAAUAGGAAGCACAUCGGGUGUCUCAGAGUUACCCAGCGGUUGUGUACCAGGUGACUUGCUUGCUUUCCUGAAAGAGACAGUACAGUACUCAACAAAUGUAGUGCGAUUCAUAUUCAAAUUUAUGUGCAUUCAGAUGUCAUGAUACAGUAUACAGAAACUGUUGGCACCCAUAGCUUAUUUUCAGUGUGGGUUCCAACAUAAAAUCACAGUUGAGAUAAUGUUAGCAUGUGGCUAUUGGUGCCCUAAUUUUGAAGUGCUGGUGAAUGUUUAACUCGUGACCAGUUCAGAACAUGGUAGAAGAUGAAAUCGAGCACCAACCCUCCGAUUUGACACUUACUGAAUGUCUCGACUACACAGCAUGCCUUGAUUUUCGGCCGUGCUUUCUUGCACUCGCCUCCCAUGUCUUGCGGGCUCUGUAGCACUCUCAUCUCCAUUUGUCUCCACUGACUGUUAUUGCUUUGUUUUAUUGCUGUCCAGUCAUGGAAGGCAGUUAAAGCCAUAAGUGGGCAACGAGAAAUAUGUGUCUGUCAGCCUCCCAAAAAGUGCCAGCACUUCGAAAUUCGAUAGCUGCUGCAAAAUGUGCCAUUGCAGUGUGCACUCGAUUCACACCUGUAGCUUGAAAACAAGUACACCAGCCUGUCUCUGCAUAUCAAGGUGCGCGGUGUUGCCGGCAUUGCGGGCAGGCGCACGCGCCCUGAUGCACCGUCACUGUCGGAUGCCAGUGCUGAAUUUCAAUCCCAUACAAGUAUUUAACAAUGAAAAAACUAGGUUUCGUUAUGUUAAUUGUGACACCACCUCAUCAGGUGAGGCGAUACACCUGUCUGUCUUUCCUCGUGUUUUUUGGUGGCCACGCUUGAACGUCAGAUGUGUUAAUAGAGACUUCUAGCGUGUCCGCCAUUCCGGCAAACCGGGGCGGUUUGGGCGGAUUACCGGAUGGUCGGGGGUGUAAACGUGAGCGGCCAGAUUGGUGGCUCCAGCUGGUGGUGCAAGGCUCAACCACCUAAACACAGAGCCAAUUACUAUAUUCUUCUUAGCUGGGGUGCAAGUUCUCGAAAGCGGCGUAAUUGUGAACACAAUUACGCCACUGCCGAAAAUUUGCACCAGCAGCGAAGCAGAAUAAAGUAGGUUACUGCAAUUUUAGCUCUGUGUUUGUCUGAUUGAGCUCUACACCACCAGGCGGCUGCACGGCUCCGGCCGCUCACGUUCACGCCCCCGACCAUCCGGUAAUCCGCCCAAACUGCCCCGGUUUGCUGGAAUAGCGGACACGCUAAAAGUCUCUAAUCAGUACAUUUCAGAAAACUACCUCUUGCAUGUAGGUUUAUGCCGCACACCAGAUUAGAGAAUGUAGCAGUUUAUCGCAUUUCAUUUGUUGAGCCAUGUACUUGUUUCCUGUAUGCCUUGAAGUGGACAUUGACAGUCGUUAAUUCACAUUUCCUGCUAAUUAUACGUGUUAAACCAGUGGAUUAUAAAUUGGGUUCCCACGAAGGAGUUUCAAAGGCAUGCCUCAUAUUGUUUGCUUGGAGAAUCUCUUUGGGCACACUUGUGACAUUACUGACCAAGGCAGGUAUGGGGUCAAAGAAAUACCGGUAAGCCAUAAUGUUCUGUAUGAUACCACCCUCCUUGGUGUGAGCAUGCAUCAAGCAUCUAUUCCUACACCUUUGUGUAUGAUACACACGCUUUUUCAGCGUCACCUGCAUCUGGUGUAAUCUCGCUCGUCUGUAAUAUAGUAAGCUUUGCUGAACACACUGGUUCCCAGUCUACUUUAUUUUGAGGGAUGUUUAGCUGCAGUGAAUUUGGGCAAUUGGCGUAAUUGAAAGUUAGCUUGUGUGUGUCAUUCUAAUUUCUAGUGCCAACCGAUGCGUCCACCAGGGCUGUGCAAAGACGCCUUGCAAAAAGUGGCAUCUGGCAUUAAGCUGCCGUCGUGCCACUUUCUCUGCAUGGCCACAUUCCCCGGGGCAGCAACCGGAACAGGCAGUGAGACUGUGUCGCAGGGUGCACUUGUAACAGGUUAAUUGUAUGCAACUGACAAUGAAAUGCUGACUAGCUGCAGCUUGUUUGUCAGCAAGCAUGCCAACAUCACUCGUUUAACUAGUCCUGUCAGUCAAUUCAUUCCAAUGCUAGAUCACCGGUGAAGUAUCUGGCUACAUGUGCAGUCUGUGGAAGUGUCAAGAAAAGUGUUAAUACUGCUGUUUUCACUGAUGAAGCAUGCCAGCUACUGCUUCUUGGUGCUAUGCUCACAGCCACUUGCGUGCAGCAAAAGUUGGUGUUUAGUUGCAACAUGCAAUAGCUGUGAAGUUUUGGCAGCAAAAGCAGUACUCUUUUGUGAAUACCUGUACAGCAGCCUUAACAGCCAACCGGAAGAAGCUGUGCAAGGACAGGGCUACACAGUAUUGCAUCUCUCAAUGCUCUCGCCUCUUAUACAGCUUUAGCGUCCCCCAAGAACCAUUGCUUACUCAUGUCAAACAGGCUAGCUUGUCAGGCUGUUUAUUGGAGUGUUCAGGUUCUCACUCUUUUAAACUUGAUUUUCACUGCAGCUCCGAGCUGUUAAAACUGUCAUGAAAGUCUUUAGAUGGAUGAAAGCAUUCUGCAAUAACAUUUGAAGAGUGGCGUGUGCACAAAUGAUCCUUUUGUAGGUUUGGCACAGAUGCAUGCAUUUGAUGUGGCAUUACGCGCACCUGAUCAACUGUGGACAGAACAAAACUGCUUCCUGUUUUUAGGAGCCUGAAAGCAGGAGUAGCCUUAUCAACAAAUGAAUUUUGUAACUUCUACCAGCUUAUGAUUUGGGCAUAUAGUGCCUAAGUGGCUUGUCAUGCUGUUCUUGCUUUCCUCACAAAGUUUCAUGGCACACACACUAAAUGGUCCCAAUAAAUUUUGCUAAAUUGUGGAAUUAUCCAUCUUGAGUAUGUGAAUGUUAGACUAGCACCACUGCUGUGUAAAUACUGAUGAUCCCUACCACCAGCUGCGUCUGUGUGGCUUUUCCCAUGCAUGUGCAGGUGGGUGGAAAUAGGGCCAGUAAUUGUAAUGGUAGAAUGGUAACACCAUGCCAGAAUGCUCUACUAAAAACGAUCAAUCUGGGCGUCAGUGGAGGGUUAGUACAUCAGAAACCACAUAGAAAUGAAAAGUGGGUGGGUAGACUACACUAAAAUUCCCGCACAAGCUCUUUGUAACCUUACAGAUAAUGGCAAUGUCUGGUAGAAGCUAGCUCAUGGUUUAUUAAUAAGGAAUUAGACAGGUGUCUCAAAAUGAGCCUACACUCAACCUGGCAACUCUCAUUGUAGAGCCGUUAUGUACAAAGGGAAGGACACAAAUACGUGAAGAUACCGCAAAACUUGUGACGGCGCCAUCACACUGCAAAUGCUGCACUUUGGGUUGAUACCAACGCUUCAUCUAGACUCCAAGAAGCAAAGGACAGUGUUAUCAUUUGAGUGGAAUGCUUACUGUGCUUCAGUAGGGUCCCUGAGCAAGCAUUUCAGAACCAGCCACUCUUGGCAGCAAAUUAAGGGCACUGUAGCAGAGACUGCUUUUUCCACGAAAGCCCUUGUCACAGAAACAAGCUAGAAGCAUUAUUGGGUCAGUGCUACAUCAAACAAGGAUGUGGCACCGUCCUCGAGGGACAUUUUCCACCUUAUCCUCUGGCGACGAGCAUGUUCACGGAAAAAACAGUCUUCACUCCACUGCCUUUUAUUCUUUGCUGAGAGUGCCCGUUUGUAAAAUCUCGGCUCUGGAAUCGCCGAGGAGAGUAGAGGCUCAUUUGUGAAUGCAGGCUGUUCACUUUCACUUUAGCACCUGUGUGGUGUGACCACAUGUCAUGCAUGAGUAACCUAGCCCAGAAUUUCUCAGCAAAGCGAGCUGUCAUUUAGUGAGCGAAGUUACACCAGUUACAGUUUGGCACAGCCAUCUCAAGUAGUCUUGGUAGAUGGCCUUCCAACUGAGUACCUGAGUACUAUGAGGAAAUAUUGUGUGCAUGGUCUUUCCACCCUUGGUAGCUAGUUGUCAAAAUUACUACUAGGUGUCGGAAUUUCUGACUCCAUGCUAUGGCUUUUCUGUUGUCUGAAGAACUUUGAGAUGAGCUUUCACGGUGACAAAUUAUGCUACAUGUAAAAGGAGAAAAUGAAUUUUUUUGUACUGGCUGACUAGGAAAAAAUAUGUCAGCAGAGAACCGAAUUUCUUGUUUUUUUGAACAUGUGCACAGAUGUGUGUUGUGUGAAAACUGUGUUGAAGUCUUGUUUUUAUAAUUACUGUAUCAAUAUUAUUUUUGUCAAUCAGUGUUUUUUCAUUACUUGCGAGAUCAUGUUUGUUUUCAGGCAUUUUCGGUUAUUUGUUUUCAUGAGCAGACUGCAUGAGCUUAACUUCAUGUUUUUUCGUUUUGUUUUAUUGAGUCAUCAGUGUGAAGCUAAAAGUGCUCAAUAAUGCAUCUUUGUGUUCUGCACAUUUGUUUGACCAAUAUUUGUGUGCUCAGUAUGUUUAGUACGGCUGUUUGUUUGAGUCAUGUUCUUUUCAUCAGUAGAUGUUCAGUAAAAAAAUUUUUUUUAA